GGAAGGACUCAGCAGGAAAGUGAUUUUGUGAUUAUUUGAGUUUGCCAGCAAAGCAAGGCUCGUCCCCCUGACCCGCACACACAUCUUGUCCAUUCUGCGUGCCUCUGCUGCCUUACACCAGAGUCACAUAUGUGUGCACUUCUCAGGCUGGCCAACAGCGACACCCGGGCUUCUCCUGAUGAUGAGAGCCGACGUCAGACUGGUUUCCAUGAAUAUUGAUGUGGAGGAUAGUCUGUUUCAUAGAAGAACAGAAGGAGGCAAGAUGGCUGCCCUUUAGGAUUUGUUAAAGAGGAGAUCCAGACGGUUGGUUGGAAUUUCUACAAAGUGGAGGGACAUAAAAAGAGGACGGACAAAGGGCAGCCCUGUGGAUGGACUCAGAGCAGGCCAGAUGGAAACAGAAAAGGCCAGACAUGAGACGGAAGAAAGUCUGAUACUAGCACAAUUUGGCACAGCUCACAACCCAAACAACAGGAUUGCUGCCACCAAACUCCAGAAUGGAAGCCAAUCUUCAGAGGAAGUUGCUCUGCAGAUCAUUGGGGAUGAGAACUGGAACCAUUACAAGCCUGGCACAGGGGUCAACUCCAUGAAGAGGCACAGGGAGAACUGCAACAGCCCUGCUACAGCACAAGGGCUGUUUGAUCAAGAAUCCUAUAUGAUGAACGGGGAGUUGAAGCAUGCACUCACUGACCAGUCCAUACUGGUCCAUCAGCCGAAGAAACUCAGAGUGGAUUCGGAGAUUAAAGGAAAUGAUGACAUGAGCUCCAGUUUGGUGGACAACUUUCCUGAGCUGACAAAGGCAACAGAUUUUGACUGUAAUGCCCCACAGAAUGAGAUUAAACUAGACAAGAGGAACUGUAAUUUCCCAAAUGGGGAUAUCUUCUGUCUUUCAAGGAACAAACAAGUUCCAAAUGGUGCUAUAGCAUCCCCCACAUCCAUGGAAGGCACUCCAGGUGAUCUUUUACAGAAAACGUUGUCUCAGUAUUACCCUGAGCAAGUGUCCAUCGCUCCACAAACAUCUGGGUCACAGCCAGAUGCUGUCAAUGGUUCACUGGCAAAUAAGCUGCCUAGUCAAGGUGCUCAAGCCCACCCUUUAACCUCAGGUUUGCCCACCUCAGCUCAAAUGCCUGCCUCAGAGCAACAGCAGCCAGGGGCAUCCCACAGUACUGAAGGCAAAGGCAGCAAUAGUUACAACUCUGCCUCCUAUGUAGUGAAUGGAUACUCUAACAAUUAUGGAGCAGACCACCAGCAGCAAGAGCAACAGCAGCAGCCGCCAUCUUAUUCUGGUCAGGAGCGUGAGCUCUCCCUUAGUCAGCUGCCUGGCAUGGCUCCACCUGAAAGUACUGCCAACACCCCACAACAGCAUCAAAAUGGUCAAGAGUGUUAUCCAGAAGACUCCCAAGGCAUGUUUGGGAAAGCCAACCAGGAGUUUAACCCGAGCUCCUUCCUGGAGCACAAUGCUCCUCUCCAGGCAGCAGAGGAAAGUGGGUUUGGACCCUUUCCCAACCCUGGGCUACAGAGCAUGAGGCAAAGUGAAGAACCUGGGUCUGGUCAACAUCAGCACCACGGCACUGAUAGGGGCCUCCAGUAUGGGAUUCAGCCCCAGCCAUUCCAACAACAUGUUGGGAAUACACAUGGGGCUGACAGUGUGGGCUCUAUGGGGCCUACCUCUCUCACCCAGCAUGGUGGAACUGGUCUCCAACAGCCACAUCAUGCUGGGUUAGAGAAUGGGAUGGAUAGUAUGUCUCAGCAGAAAGUUAACUUAUCAUGCUCUACUCCUCGCCAGAGGAGCUGGAUAGACCUGAAUUCUUCCCAUUCUCAGCAGCGGCCUACCAAUGGCCUAUCGACCAGGGCACAAGAGCAGGAGAUGUGGAGGGGCUUCCCUCCUAGGUCUCAGUCAGAUCAGCAGACAGCUAACUCCCAGGCCCCUGGCCAGAUGUUGGAGCCAAACCCAGUUCAAAGAUUCCAGACCCAGGGAGGUUUCACAGAUAGCAGCCCAGGGUCUAAUGGCUUCCAGCAGCCACAGGACUGUCUGCCAGCCCAAUCACAUUGUGCUUCAGCCCAGCACAACACUGCCCCUGAGUGGCAGCAAACAAAUUCUAAAGCACCUCCAAUGCAGCAGCCUCUACCCCAGAAAAUGUCUGAGCAAUGCAACCUCCCCCAAAAGCAGCAGGUAGAUAGCCGCUAUCACCCCCACAUGCAGUCAGAGCACUUAUGUGAAGGUGACCCCGACUUGCAGGAAAUACUGUCACCUGGAUUUUUACCACCACAGCAACAACAGCACUGUCAACAAAAUCAUCAACAGCAGCAGCAGCAGCAUCAACAACAACGUCCACUGUCUCACCCACCACAGUUUGAAGUGCAGCAGCUGAAGUCUCCCAACUACAGACCCAACAGCCAGCCUCAGCCAGGUCAGCAGCAGCUCCAACCCAACCAGCCAAUGCGAAACAACCAACACAUACAGCGCAGUGACCAUGCAACAUUCACUUAUGGUAACCCAACAGAGAUGCAACAACAGCAACAACAGAAUCAGUUUGCUCCAAACUCAGGCAGCAAUAACCUCAAGCAAUUUCCACCACAGCAGCCUACCAACCACUGCCACCAGCCCACCCACAUAGACUUCCCCAAGACCCCCACACAAUCACAACCUCAGUUACCACAAGGUGCGUUAAACCAACAGGUAUCAGCACAGAUGUAUCCAAAAGGUGAACAACAGCAGCAUACAUCAUGUGCCCAGUUCCAGAGGGGUCUCCGACUUCCUCUGGGACCUGGAGGACCCCAUGGAGACUUUCAGAGGCAUGCAGCUCUGAGGAUGCACCUGUUACAAAGGCAGGAGCGUCAAGGCACCCCUCAUCCACCUCAGAGCCCUAGUGAUGCCAAACAGGGUUUACAAGCCAUGAAAAUGGAAAACGGAGGCCAAUUUGACCUGCCUGGAUUACAGCGGCAGGAGCAGCAGUUACAGGGGCGAGAGAUAGGUAUGGGUGUAAUGCAGGUCAAGCAGGAGCAUCUACAAUCUGUGUGUGAGCAAAGCAAGAAGCAGGGAAGCAUCCUGGCCUCUAUGGAACAAAGCCUGAAGCAGUAUGAGCUUUCACCUGUGUUUGAGAAGAAGUCGCUUGUCAUCAAUUCCUCUAAUAAAGUCAAGGUGGAGUCGUCAGGGCCUGUCACGAUACUUUCAACCAACACUGAUCUGGGUGCAGGGGAAUCACUGGGAGCUUCCGCUGCUGCUGUAGCGCUAAAAAGACCCCCUGACUUCACGCCAAAAAAGGAACCCCUGCUCCAGAGCUUCAUGGAGUCUCCUAUGAAGCUAUUGGAUACUCCCAUAAAAAACCUACUGGAUACCCCCAUUAAAACACAGUAUGACAUCGCAUCCUGCCACUGUGUUGAACAAAUCAGUGAGAAGGAUGAGGGUCCAUACUACACCCACCUGGGAGCUGCGCCUAGUGUUGCGAGCAUACGUGAAAUGAUGGAGAAAAGAUCUGGGCUAACUGGCCAUGCCAUCAGGAUUGAAAAAGUAAUAUAUACAGGCAAGGAGGGAAAAAGUACACAGGGCUGCCCUAUAGCCAAAUGGGUGAUUCGCCGUGCCAGCGUGGAGGAAAAGAUACUGGUGCUUGUGCGGGAGCGUGCUGGUCAUUCAUGUGACACAGCCUGCAUCAUUGUAGUGAUCUUGGUGUGGGAGGGCAUCUCACGUAGCCUGGCUGACCGUCUCUACCUCGAACUAAGUGACACUCUAACAAAGCAUGGAGCCCUCACCCAGAGACGCUGUGCUCUCAAUGAGGAGAGGACCUGUGCAUGCCAGGGGUUGGACCCUGAUGCUUGUGGAGCUUCUUUCUCCUUUGGCUGCUCCUGGAGUAUGUACUAUAAUGGUUGCAAAUUUGCAAGGAGCAAAGUCCCAAGAAAAUUCAAGCUACUUGGGGAUGAUGCUAAAGAGGAGGAGAAACUGGAGCACAACCUUCAAAAUCUGGCAACAUUAAUGGCUCCACUGUAUAAAACGCUGGCACCUGAAGCUUAUGGAAACCAGGUGGAACAUGAACACAGGGCACCAGAUUGUCGUCUAGGGCUAAAAGAGGGCCGUCCCUUCUCUGGGGUCACUGCCUGUCUGGACUUCUGUGCCCACGCUCACAGAGACCUCCACAACAUGCAGGGGGGCAGCACUGUGGUGUGCACAUUAACCAGGGAGGAUAACCGUGAGAUUGGCAAGAUCCCAGAGGAUGAGCAACUCCAUGUGUUGCCCCUUUAUAAGGCUUCCAACACUGAUGAAUUUGGCAGUGAGGAGGGUCAGCAGGAGAAAAUCAAGUCAGGCGCCAUCCAAGUCCUCAGUGCCUUCCGCCGCCAGGUGCGCAUGCUUGCAGAGCCUGCCAAAUCUUGCCGGCAGAAGAAGCUGGAUGCUAAGAAGGCAGCUGCCAGCAAAAACAGCAUUAUGGAUACCAAUAAUGCUAAAGCAGAGAAGGCUCUUCAGGCCAAGUCAAAAACUGGCACUUAUGAGAGUAAUGCUCAGAGCACUCCUGGGACAGGACCUAUCCCAGGUGCCAUGGGAGCGACCCUACAGUCAGGUCAGCCAAUACACCCCCUCGGGCCUCAUCCUCAGCAGCUACAGCAACAGCAGCACCACAACAUCCUUCCCCAGUAUCCUGGCUCUCCACACCCAGCCAGCCAUCCCAGGUUUCACAACCACCCUGGGCCUUUUCCAAGCACUUCCAAGCCAGGUAGCAUGUAUCCCCCUCAGCCACCAACACCAGCCACCCCUUACCCCCCUUCGCUCCAUGUACCAAACUCUUACAUUAAUGGGUCAAAUCGUCCGUAUCCAGGUUAUCAGUGCAAUGGUGGGAUGCCCCUUGAUAAUUAUCACCAAUACUAUGCUUCUAACCCAAAGCACCUCAACAUGUAUCGUCAACAGCGGCCAGCGCUUUACCCAGAGCAGCAGUACAGUGUACAUCAACGCUAUGACGUCAACUAUCCACCAAGGUAUGGUGAGGCAGGUUUGCAGGUCAAUGGAUACAACACCUGCAGCAUGAGGCCUGUUCACCCCAUGAGCCCUUAUACCCCUUAUGGCCCUAACGGAGCGUCCGACCCCCAGUUUAUGGAAGCCCUCUCCAGGCCACACUCAGCCCAUCCAAGUCUGGACUUCACAGCUGCUGUAAGCAAAGGCAAUCAGUUUGGAGGAUACCCAAAUCCAUACCUCUCUCAAAGCUCUCAAAUGUUUCCCCCAGGCCAAGACCCUUUCCAUAUGCAAAUCAAAACAGAGAUGGGAAUACCUGGCCCACGGGUGCUUCCUGCUCCACUAAGUGGUGACUGUCUGACCCCUGGAACACAGCCAGGGUAUGACCUGCCCAAUGGGACUCUCAUGGGGCCCAAUAUUAAGCAGGAGCCUGGAACACCUCAGACACCCACAACGCCCCAGAAGCCUGAGAUGUGGUCAGACAAUGAGCACAACUUUUUGGACCCCGAGAUUGGUGGUGUGGCCGUGGCUCCAAGCCACGGCUCCAUCCUUAUUGAGUGCGCAAAACGGGAACUCCAUGCAACAACACCCCUAAAGAAUCCAGACCGCAACCACCCAACACGCAUCUCCUUGGUCUUCUACCAGCACAAGAAUAUGAAUGAAGCCAAACAUGGUCUGGCACUGUGGGAAGCCAAGAUGGCAGAGAAGGCUCGAGAGAAGGAGGAAGAUGCAGAGAGGAAUGGUGGUGAGGGGACGCCCAGUAAGAGCAGCGGCAAGAAGGCAGUGAAGCGUGAGCAUCCUGAUUCAGACCCAACUGUAGAGCCUCCUUAUAAGCGUUUCAUUCAGACACUCAUUGAGGGAUCCUUGUCCAGCACAACCAACACCUACGUCAGUACAUCUCCCUACGCCUUCACAAAGGUCACAGGACCUUACAGUCGUUUUGUGUAGAAAACACUCACGAGGAAGAAGACAGAGAAAACUGUAGGUGCUAUAUUUAUGACAAACUAAGACCUCAAGCACCAAUGGCCUCAUAUGGAACACUCCUUCCUGUCUGAAAGGUUUGCAACUGAGUCAGUAGGAAAAGGAACUUGGGAUCAGAUGGGAUAAAAAACACCUUCCACAUCAGGUCUUUCACCUCUUUAACAAUCAAGCUUUACUAGGUGACCCUACUAAGGAUGUAUUUAUUUUUGUUUGGUUACUUUUGCAAGAUACACACUGUCAAAAUCUCUGGUGCUUUCUGUCUGAUACAUCAGGACUUGUUUUUACUGGAAACAAAAUUUCAUUUAUGGUGGCUUUAUUUUUCUUAUGAAAAUUUGGAGAUAUAAUCUUGGCAUAAAACACUGACUUUGUGGAUGACAACAUUCACGGUGCUAAAGUGUGUGCUUAAUACCAUUCAUUUUUAUUCAAAUGCCUUCACACUAUAACCACAUUGCUCUCCAUGAGUGAAAAACUCUUGAUGAAUUAUGUCAACAGAAUGACACUGAAAUUAUUGUCUCAUUUUCACAUCAUCAGCAGCAUAAUGGUCUUUAGCAAAUCAGUGUUUCUUGGAGCACUUUUGAUAAUGAGCGUUAAAUGUUUUGGUAAUAGCGUGAAAUCAUAAAAUUUGUUUUAAAUGUAUUGCUUAAAUGAGAGAGUAAUUAAUUUUUUAAAAUAUCCCUAAUAUGAAAUUGAUAUUAAAUUGAUAACAAAGGGUUAUAUGAGCAAUCCGUGCAACUGUUACAAGUUCAUGCAAAUUGAUUUUUUUUUUUUUUUUACACUAUCAUUAUAUUGGUGCUUCUUUCACUUUCCUAUGUCCUUUAUACUGUAAAAUUGAGCCAUUCUGAUGGUGCAUUUCUUAAUAUUUUGAGGAAAAAAAAUAUGGUGCAGCACGUUUCUCUUUUUUUUUUUUUUUUUUUUUUUUUUUUAGUUUCUAGGUUUACUUUGCUGUCAGCGACUGUUUCAAAGAUCCUGACCCCAGGUUCAUUGAACAAACCUGGAUUGUGAAUAUUACAUGUAGUUGUGUGUUUGUGGUGUUUAGUAAACGUGUGCUUUUCAUACACUGAGGAACAUGAAACAGGGUAAGCUCAGUGUCACUAUCAUGGUUUCAGAGGGCAGCUGGCUUGCUGUGGGGUCUUUAAUAACUGUAAUCUAAUUGUAAGAUAAAAAGUUGAGAUUUGUACAGUAAAUUAAUUUUACUUCUUGGAAUUAAUGCUUUAGAUUUUUGUGUCGU